GUCACCGACUGGCUUUGAGCCGGCAAGAUGAACGUGGUCGGUGUGAUGGCGGUUUCUGGGCCUGACAAGAGUGCAGUUGCGGAUGAACACCCUGGUAGCGUCUCGUCGGGCAGCGACGAAGAAAAGGAGAGCGCGCAGCCUGUGGCGCCGUCGCCAGACGACGACAUCACCGUUGACCGCCUCGAGGCUGCGUUCAACAACCGUGGAGAUUUCCUUCUGAUCUUCCUGUCGCCAGUGUUCUUCACGCUGUUUUUCUGUGUGUUUGCGUCCGCGGCGCUGACCCAUGUGCCAAUAAAGGAAAUAUUUCCAUCCCAUCGCGGCUUGGCCAUGACCCUCAUGGCGAUUGGCGACGAAACAUUUGAAGACACGACACUCCAGUUCAAGCGAAUUCACACACCGGACGACGCGCUUCAAUGGCUGACGCAGUCGUUGGUCCCAACGCUGUUCACAGCCCCGGACGCCAACGCUCUGGCUGCCAUUCCUGCUGCACGUCGAGCUCGCGUUGCCACGUACCAAAAAAUCGUCGGAGCGGUUGAAAUUCGAGUGUUCUCGGUGCCUUCUAUCGCAUGUAGCAGCUCGAACGAGCUCACGAAGAUCUACCACCCGUGCCACAACUUCAACGCUGUCCCGUUCGAAGUGCCAUGGUACAUUCCAGCCAACAGCCCUCGCGACGACGUCCUCGUCUGGCUGUCGGGUCUCCAAGCAAACGGAAGCCUCAUCAGUCCGUCGAUGACGUCGCUUCACGUGACAAUUCCGAUGUACAACGGAGAGCUGGACUUGCUCUGCAUCGUGUCAUUGCGGAUCAACUUCCAGUCCGGCGGGUUCGUCGACACCAAGUAUAAGCUGACGUCAAUUCCGCUUGAUCCCUACGGCGGCCAACAAAGCAGCGUCGACGUUCUUGUCGUCAUAUUCUUUGCCAUGACGCUCGUCAUGGAGUAUCGCAAGUACCGCCAAGUUUUGAAAUGUCGACAGCGCCGUUUCUGGACGCCGUGGCGAGUUGUUACGUGGUUCGUCCUUAUUGCGGUCGUGGUGUUUUAUGCAUGCUGGGUGGUGCUGUGCGUGCUGGUGUACGACCUGUCCCUUCAGAACAAAGUUAUCACGCUGGACGAUCCCGCCCUCGAUAUCGACGCCAACGUCAAGCUGUUUGAGACGUACGUUGGCGACAUUCUUGCCAACGUGACGACCAUGGACUACGUCAUGAUUGCCCUUCGACUCGUCGCCAUGAGUGGUUGCUGCUUGCUCAUGUUGCGAAUUCUCGGGUCGCUGCGAUUCCAUCCUCGGCUGAAUGUCGUCACUGCGACCUUGGUCAAGUCGCUCCAGGACCUGCUUCCGUUUUGUUUUGUGUUUGUCGUGUGCCUGUCGGCGUUCGUCGUGUCCGGGUGCCUCUUGUUUGGCGACAACGUGAAGCAGUUCAGUACGGCCAGCAUGGCGUACGUGACGGUUGUCAACAUGCUGUUUGGCCAGUUCGAUUUGGCGCAGAUCUUCGACGUCAACUACUACUUUGCCGUCGUGUGGUACUGGAGCGCCAUGGUCGUCCUCUUCCUCGUUCUGUUCAACCUCCUUCUCGCGGUCGUGUUGGAGGUGUUCUACCGCGAGCAUCACAAAGCCGACGCACAGGCCGCCCCGUACAUCCAAGCGAUUUCAGACUUGCAGCGCAUGGAAGGGGUGUGGCUGUGGCCAUGGGCUCACCGAGACAUGCUUGCGCUCGGCCGUGCCGUCAAAGCCAAACACCUCGCCGAGAUCACAGCUCCAGCUAUUGCAAAGGCGUUAAAUUUAUCUAACGACCACGCAAAGACUGUGUUGGCCAAGGCAACGGCAUUCGCCAAGGUCAUGGAUGUGCUGCGUCAAGCGUACACUGCGGAGUCACCUCGAAAACGUGAAAGUCACGUCGAGUGUGUCCACCAGCAGCUCGGCGAGAUGGAAACUCGGAUCGCGUCGAUGGUCGCCCGGCUCGACACUCAUGUUUAACGGGACCCAUGACGCACUUGACAGUCACGCCAACAAGAUCUCUCGCCAUGCAAUACUGUUUGCCACGCACCUGUGGCUGCUGGACCUUGCUUUUGUGCAAAGGUCGCUCUCGUUGUGUGCCGAUCCAGAGGAAGGCGGCAGUGAUGCCUACGUGCCAACGUCGGUGUUCCUCUCAUAUCUUAAUCCACUACACUGAAUGGUUCAGAAUGCACCAUAAUUCCAGUUCCAGAGCAUCG